CCUCUCGAGCUUUUUUGUUUCCGGUUCCGUUUUCCGCCGUCCAUGCGUGUGGAACGCUCGUGUUUUGGCUUGCUUCUACCUGAACGCAUUCCACCAUCAUGGCACCGUCUCGCUCCAAGAAGCGCCGCCCGUCCUUUCGGCGGCUGCUGAAGACGAGCGGCGUGAAGCUGGACAACAAGCUGAGGAACCGGCAGAUGAAGCGACAAAACUGCGACAAGAAGCAGCGCAAGGAGCACCGGAAGAUGCGGCAGGCACUCAAGGGCGCCGCGCUGGCCACGCCACGCCCGCUUGACAUUACUGCCAAAAGGCCCGAGGAGGAGGAGGAGGAGGAGGAGGAGGACUUCCUGGAGAGUUUGCCCACUGACAUGAUGGACGACAACGACCUGCAGCAGAUGUCCUCCUUCCUGAGCAGGGACCUGUCGUCAUGCGGCCCGGCGCACAGCGGCAAGAAACGCAAGUCGGAGGUGGUCCCAGGCUACGAGAAGAUUCCCAGGAAGAUGGCCGCCGUGGCGGAGAAGGAGGUUGUCCACUUGCUGCCCAUCAAAGACAGGACGCGACUCAUCCCGCAGAGUAUGCACAGAGAGGUCAACAAGCAACCGGAGGAGGAGGAAGACGAAGAGGAAGAGGAGGAAGCAGCAGCAGCCACACAGGAGGUUGAAAUGGGAGCGGCGGAGCUAAUCGACGGCACGACGGCGCUGACGCCAGCGCAGCAACAGGAAGCCAGGAUGCGCAAGAUCCAAGACAGGAAGUUGACCAUCGCACGCCUGGCGUCCACAGUCAUCGCCAACCCCGUCAACAAUGUGAAGUGUGUGAAGCAGCUGCGCGGGAUGCUGAUGGAGGCGGACCCUUGCGUGGCGGUGACGGUCAGGAAGUUGGCCAUGGUGUCAUUGAUGGAAAUCUUCAAAGACAUCGUUCCCACCUACAAGAUACGACCUUUGACCGCCGCUGAGAAAGCCGCCAAGGUGAAGAAGGAGACGCAGCAGCUGCGGGAGUUUGAGGAAGGACUGCUGAGUCAGUACAAAUUCUACCUGGAGGAUUUGGAGCAGUGCAUCAGAGACUGGAAGCAGAAGAAGAGCAAGCGCAGCCAGGCGGUGUCGCUGGAGCGUUACUCGGGCCUGGCCGGGGUGGCCGUGCGCUGCCUGUGCGAAUUGCUGCUGGCCUUGCCGCACUUUAACUUCCACAACAACAUCCUGGUGGCCUUGGCGCCGCUGAUGAACGACCCCGUCAAGACGGUGUCUGACAUGUGCUGCCGCACUUUCUCCGAGCUGUUUCACCAAGACAAGGUGGGCGGGACCUCUCUGGCCGCCGUUCGUGUCAUCUCGGGUCUGGUCAAGAGUCUCAACUUCAACGUCAGGCCCCAGGUGCUGCGGACGCUGCUGAGCGUGCGAAUCCAGGAAGCACUGGUGAAGAAGGACAUGAAGGACAUGACGCCCAGCGUGAAGGCCAUGCGCCACAAAGACAAGAAGAACAAUCUGUCACGCAUGCAGCGCAAGUGGAAGAAAGCGGAGGAGAAGCUGCAGCAGGAGCUUCUGGAAGCCGAAGCGUCGGACAGCAAAGACAAGAAGAUGAAAAUGCACACAGAGACUCUCAACAUCGUCUUCCUCGUGUACUUUCGAAUUUUGAAGAAAGCUCACAAGUCUGUCCUUCUUCCUGCAGUGUUGGAGGGGCUGGCCAAUUUUGCCCAUUUGAUCAACUUGGAGUUCUUUGAUGACCUGCUCAAUGUGCUCCAAAGCCUUAUCCAGUCAGGAGAUCUGACUGACAGGGAGAGACUUCACUGCAUCCAGACAGUCUUCACCAUCCUUUCUGGGCAAGGUGAUGUCCUCAACAUGGACCCUCUCAACUUUUACUCUGAGCUGUACGCCAUGUUGCCACGGCUGCACGCAGGGACUUCCGAUGACGACAUCCUCAUUGUGCUGCGCUGCCUGGAUGCCAUGUUGAUCCGCCGCAGGAAGCGGGUGAGCCUGCAGAGGGCCAUGGCGUUCAUCAAGCGGCUCAGCGGGCUCAGCUUGCACGUCCAGACGCACGCCAGCAUCGGACUCCUCGCCGCCACCAGGGCCGCGCUGCAUUCGUUUCCAAGAUGCGACUUCUUGCUGGACAACGAGGUCCAGGGCAGCGGCGUCUACUUGGCUGAACUGCCCCAACCUGAACACUGCAACGCUCACAACACCGCCUUGUGGGAGCUCCACACACUGCAGAGGCAUUUCCACCCGGUGGUUCGGCAGCUGGCGGUGCAUCUGAGUCGUGGCGCUCCCAGCGAAGGCGGGGCCGUGCUUCCGCUUGAGCUGAGCCGCAGGUCGCCGGUACAGCUGUUUGCAGAUUAUGAUGUCAAAGGCAUGACCUUCAACCCCCCAGUAGCUCCGCCCAGACACAAGAAAAAGGAAGUUUUCAGAGUCGAUAGGUCGCUGCUGGACAGCGAUCUGCAGCAACUUGUUGAUGACACCCUGCGCUCCGGUGAGGAGGCGGAGCUUGACUUUAGUACAACACGCAAACACUGACACCCAUGCAAACACAUCCUGUGUUUCAUUUGUAAAAAAAGAAAAUAUUAAUCUUGGGGCGGGUCGUCAAUGUCAGUCAAAGGUGGAGAUAGGUCGGUCUUGUCCCGAUUGACCUUUGCUACACUGAACUUUUUUUUCUUGAUGCAAUAAAUACAAAUUUGCUCAGA